UGUCAUUCAAAUUUGUAAAUAAACCGGAGCGAGUAGGAGUCAUAUUAUUAUAUAGCCCCAAUUAUUUGAUUUUUUCGUGUUUCUAAACUAAAAUGGAUAAAAGUAAUCUAAAUCAUGAAUCAACAACCGCCAUUCCUAAAUACGGUUUUAAAGUUAAAUUAAAUCAUGUUUAUCCGGAGCGGCGAUCCCCGCAUUUCAAGCCUUCAUUUAAAAUAAUUUGGGAUCUUUUGCCCCUAUUUUUAAGAUAUAUCUGGUAUUAUAUCGUUUAUAAGUUUAAAGGGAAAUCCAUUGUAAUGGACUACAUUUACAUGCAAACUGCCAAACAAAUAUAUGGUGUCCCUAUUGGUGGCAUAGGUUCAGGCACUAUAGGCAGAGGAUACAAAGGAGAGUUUUGUAGGUUCCAACUAAGACCUGAUGUUUGCGAAUAUAACACUGUGGAUGCCAAUCAGUUUAUAGUAACAAUAAGAGACAAGAGUCAAAAAACUAUAUUCCAAAGUGUUUUGUCCACUUAUACCAAAAAAAAAUUACCAAAAACAUGGGAAAAUUUAUUGGACGGAGGCAAAUGUAAUUAUACAGGACUUUAUCCAAGAAGUUGGACUGAAUAUGAUUUGUCUGAAUAUGGGGUAAAAUUGACUUGUCGGCAAGUCAGUCCAGUGAUACCUCAUGACUAUGAAAGCAGUUGUCUACCAUGUGCAGUAUUUGUGUGGAAUGUUGAGAAUGUUGGUAAUACCGAAAGGACAGUCACUAUUUCUUUUACUUUUAAAAAUGGGACUGGAACUAAGAAAUCUGAUAAGCAAUCUGCUUGCAGUUCAAAAUCCUUCCAAUACCAAAACUCCGAAGGGGUAAUUUUAUAUCAUACAAUUGAAAAAACCCCAAGUUCUUACACUUUGGCAGUAAAAUCCAAUGAUAAGAUAGAAGUUACAAGAUGUUUAAGUUUCAAUCCCAACUCUGAUGGUUCACAGGUGUGGAAUGAGUUAAAAACCAAUGGACAUUUUGAUAAAAGUUCAGAAAAACCAACAAAAAAUCCCCACAUUUUUGGUGAAAUGGGUGUUGGUGUGGCAGCAAAAACCACCAUAUCAGAAAAAGCUUCUCAAGACAUUGAAAUGGUUUUGGUGUGGGAUAUGCCCAGCAUAGUAUUCCCUGUAAAUCAAGAGAAGUAUUUCAGAUACUAUACAAGAAAAUUUGGCAGAGAAAAUGCUGCUCUUAAAAUAGUCGAUUUUGCUGCCAAAAACUACCAGGAAUGGGAAAAGAAAAUAUUCAAGUGGCAAGAGCCCAUUUUAAAUGACAUGGAACUUCCUGACUGGUACAAAUCUGCACUAUUUAAUGAAUCUUACUUUAUCAGUGAUGGUGGUACUGUAUGGCUUGAUUUAGAUGAUGACACCAUCAAACAGUUUGGUGAUGGUGACCCAAGGAAAGAAUAUGGAAGAUUUGCCUACUUAGAAGGACACGAAUACCGAAUGUACAACUCUUUUGAUGUACACUUUUAUGCUUCCCACGCCUUAAGCCACAAUUUUCCAAUGUUGCAGAAAUGUCUUCACUAUGACUUAAGGGAUUUUGUUGCAUUGGAAAUACCGCAGAGGAUCGAGAUGCUUUAUGAUGGGAAAAUUGUCGAGAGAAAGUAUGCCAUGAGUGUGCCACAUGAUGCAGGAGAUCCAGGUGAAAACCCUUUUUUAUUAAUUAACGCUUACCCAAUACACGACGUGAGCAAUUGGAAAGAUCUGUGCUCCAAGUUUGUUUUACAAACCUUUAGAGAUGGCAGUUGUAAUGCCCCUGACACAAAAUUCUUAAAGGAUAUGUUCGAAACAUGCGAUACAAUCAUGCAAAAAUCUUUAAAAUAUGACGUCGACGAUGACGGGGUCAUUGAAAAUUCUGGAGAGCCAGAUCAGACCUUUGACACCUGGGUGAUGACUGGCACAAGCUCUUACUGUGGAGGUUUAUGGCUAGCGGCAGUAUAUGCAAUGUCAAUGAUGGCCACGUGGUUAAACAACUCUGAAAGGUGCGAUUUCUAUCAGAAGCUACUUAAAAAGGGAACCGAGUCUUUUCAUAAAAAAUUAUGGAAUGGGAAAUAUUAUAAUUUCGACUGUUCGGAGACACAGUAUAAUGGCAUAAUGGCGGAUCAACUCAACGCCCAAUGGUACUUGGGAUGUAUCCGAUCUGCUGAUAGUUAUCCGAUAUUCCCAAAAGAAAACGUCAAAAGUGCCCUAAUGUCAAUCUACGAAAAUAACGUUCUUUGUUUCUGCGAGGGUACCAUGGGGGCGGUAAACGGAUUCAUCAACGGUCAAGUAGACCAAGUAACCAUACAGAGUCAAGAAGUGUGGACCGGUGUGACGUAUGCCUUAGCCGCAACAAUGAUCCAAGAGGGAAUGUUCGAGGAAGCCUUUAAAACCGCCGGCGGAAUGUUUCAAUCGAUGACGGAAAAGUUCGGAAUGAUCUUUGACACCCCGGAGGCGUUGUAUGCGAAAAAUUUUUACCGAUCCGUGGGUUAUAUGAGACCGUUGAGCAUAUGGUCCAUGCAAAUAGCCUGGGAGAAUAGGGAAAAAUCUUUGGAAGGUUAAAAUCCAGAUGUUAUUUACUUAACGUGCAUUUUUCUAGUCGCCACUUAAGUCAAAAAUAUUUUUGUUUUAUAGUUAUGAUGAUCGUAUAUAGUUUUAUCAUAGUUCAAACCUGAAUAACAAAGAAAUUGUGAAGUAUCAGUAAAUCUUGACAUUAUCUGCACACGAGCAUUUAUUAGUCAAGAUUUUAAAGGAUGUUGACCAAGUUUGUUAAAUCUAAGUUAUAUUUUAUUAUAAUUUAAACUAAUGGCUACAAAUAUCGUUUUAUUAUAGUUUAAACAAAAAAAUAAAAAUAAAGAAUGAUGAUAAUUAAA